CAGAUUCAUGACAAAGGUGAGAAGAUGCUAAAGACGUGGUAUCUGUUCCUGCUGUGUUGGCUGUCCUUGAGGCUUGAGGCUAAUCCUGGUCUUAAAGUGAGGAUUACUCAGAAGGGGCUGGACUGUGGCUGGAGGAUUGGGAUAGAGCUCCUGAAGCAAGCAGUAUUGAAAGAGACUUUCCCAAGCUGGAGUGGGCAGGAGAGUUUCUCAGUUGUUAAGGUCAACUAUAUCAUUUCAAGGCUCAGAAUUAAUGCUGUAGAUUUCCCAGAAACUUCUGCUUCCUUUAUUUCUGGCACUGGCAUUUAUCUGUCAGUGGCACAGGCUUCUGCUACAAUCAGUGCAAACUGGAGAGUACAUUCAUGGCUACUCAGAGACCAAGGACAAAUUACUGUGUCCAUCUCAGGACUGUUUAUUGCAGUUAUCUUCAAAGUGUCACGGGAUAGCACAGGCCACUUGUCCACGUUGCUACACAGUUGCCAGCUGAGCAUUGAUAGUGUAAAAGUCAAGUUAAGUGGAGGAUCUAGCUGGAUCUACAGCUUUCCAUCUGGUUAUCUUGAGAAGCCCAUUCAUACCAAAUUGGAUAAAAGUCUAUGCCUAAAUAUCAAAUACAAAAUCCAAAUGAUGGAUGCACUGCUUAGAAAGCAUAAGGUUUUAAGCCAGAUUGACGCCUUUGCACAAGUAGACUAUUCCCUAGUUAGUUCUCCAGCAGUCUUCAAAUCACACAUUAACUUGGAUUUGAAGGGCACAGUCUAUCCAGCAGGAAAUCACACAGACCCUCCCUUUGCUCCAGCUCCCUUUGCCCUCCCAAACCAGGGUGAUUCCAUGAUAUAUCUGGGAGUCUCCAAUUAUUUUCUUAAGUCUGCUUCACUGGCUUACUACAGAGCAGGGGCCUUUAACAUCAGUAUCUCCAAAGAGCUUGAUAGUACUUUUAAUCUAAAUGCCUCCUUACUCAGAUGUUUUGUUUCUGAGAUUGCUCAGAGUUACGCAGCAGCGAGCGCAGUGCUGCUGAGGCUGAUGGCUACAUCACCUCCUGCAGUCAGUUUAAACGCAGACAGAUGUGUCCUACAGAUCACUGGCUGUGUAGAAAUGGUUGCUGUUCUGCCAAAUUCAACCACCCAGUACGUCUUUGCAGGGAAUCUAACAGCCAGUACCAGAGCAAAUUUGACUAUAAGCAAACAGAAGUUGAUUAUCUCAUUACUUCUGAAGAGGUUCCAGUUCUCCCUGCUGCACUCCAGUCUUGGCUUCCCUGACCAGAAGUCACUGGUGGAGAAUUUCCUGUCUUAUGCUUUACAGAGAAUAGUGAUUCCAGUAAUCAAUGAUAAACUAGGGAAAGGAUUUCCUCUUCUUAACUUGGCCCACACUAGCCUGACUGGAUCUGUAAUAAAAAUAAAUCAGGGUCAUCUGGUUAUUUGCACUGAUGUUCACUAUCAACUGGAGGAUGAGGAGGACCUUCACAGCCACUGCUGAUGUCCCUUUACUUUUAA